GUGUCAAUGCCUUGUGGUCCCAGGCUCCAGUUUAAAAGAGGGGAAGCCCACAAUGUGCCUCUGAGCAAGUGGGCUUUACCUUUUUUCUCCCCUGUGCUUCAAGACCUAACCAUGUCUAUCUGUUGUUGCCUUUUUUUCAGGGAUUAUGGAUCCUCAAAAAGGAAAUCAGGUGCUGACGCUAGUUCUGAACCUAUGAUCCUGGAGCAGUAUGUGGUGGUGUCUAACUAUGAGAAACAAGAAAACUCGGAGAUCAGCCUGCAAGCUGGAGAGGUGGUGGAUGUAAUAGAGAAGAAUGAAAGUGGCUGGUGGUUUGUAAGUACCUCGGAAGAGCAGGGCUGGGUCCCUGCCACUUACCUGGAAUCCCAAAGUGGAGUUAGAGAUGAUUCUGAAAUUAACAUGUCCAAAGGAGGGGAAGUUUCUAAGAGACGCAAGGCACACCUGAGACGCCUGGACCGGCGAUGGACACUGGGAGGGAUGGUCAACAGGCAGCAGAGUCGAGAAGAGAAAUAUGUCAUCCAGUCAUACACCAGCCAGGGGAAGGACGAAAUUGGGUUUGACAAAGGAGUCACUGUGGAGGUCAUUCAGAAGAACCUGGAAGGAUGGUGGUACAUCAGGUAAAUGUUUAAUUAAAUCAUUCUGGGGCAAGAGGGCUGGGCCCCAGCCUCGUACCUGAAAACAAAAGAUGACCUUCCAUCAAGGAAAAAGAACUUGACAGGGCCAGUGGAAAUUAUAGGAAACAUCAUGGAGAUCAGCAACCUGUUGAAUAAGAAGUCCUCUAGUGACAAGGAAACCCAGUCAGAAAUUGAAACAGCAGAAUCCCACAUCACCAAGAAGGAAAUAAGCUUGCCCAUCUUAUGCAAUGACUCUAAUGGCAAUGCCAUGAUGACUCAAGACAAACAGAUUUAAAUUGCACAGGGUUCUCCAGCCAUAGCACGGAUUGCACCACAAAGAGCUCAAAUAAGUUCUCCAAAUCUAAGAACCAGACCUCCCCCAAGAAGAGAAUCUAGUUUGGGCUUCCAGCUGCCUAAACCUCCUGAGCCACCAUCAGUGGAAGUUGAAUACUACACCAUUGCAGAGUUCCAGUCUUGUAUCUCUGAUGGGAUCAGCUUUCAUGGGGGACAAAAGGCGGAGGUUAUUGACAAGAAUUCUGGUGGCUGGUGGUAUGUGCAGAUUGGUGAAAAGGAAGGCUGGGCUCCAGCAUCAUACAUUGACAAAAGGAAGAAGCCAAAUUUAAACAGGCGAACAAGUACUUUAACCAGACCCAAAGUUCCUCCCCCAGCACCUCCCAAUAAAUCAAAAGACUCUGAAGAAGGAACAGUUGCUGGAACCAUAUCUUCAGGAGAUGCCCAGGACAAGCAAAAGUAUGAGGAGCCAGAGUAUGAUGUGCCUGCCUUUGGUGCUGACUCUGAAUCUGAGCUGAGCCAAGGGGAAGAUGGCAGCUUGGAGAGAGGCAUGUUCCAUCUACUCAAGCCUUCCCCUGUGUCAUCCCUCCAACGGGCAAAAUUCCGAGUUGGAGAGUCAUCUGAAGAUGUAGCACAUGAAGAGGAGACCAUCUAUGAAAACGAAGGCUUCAGGCCAUACAUAGAAGAUGCUCUGUCAAGCAAAGAAUCUAGUGGGGACUCUGAUUCUCAAAGAAGUUCAUCACUGUCUCUGAUCCAAAGAAAUUCUCCGUGUUCUGUUUCUCCCAAGUCUUCCCUCCUGAAGCCCAAAAGUGACAAGAGCAUUCAGCCAAACCUUGGGAAGCCGCACUACCCCCGGAAUGAGGAGACAAAGCCAAGGUCUGCUUCAGACGUUGGUUUAAGUAGCAUGCCCAAAACUGGCCUAAAGAGGGAUACUGGGGAGACAGUGUCUAGCAGGGCAAAACCAAUGGUGAGACCAAAACCUUUCCUGAACAAAGCAGACUCCCAAAGCCAAGAGAGGAUGGACAUCAGCACUUUACGUCACCAGCUGAGACCAACUGGACAGCUGAGAGGCGGACUUAAAGGUUCAAGAAGUGAAGAGUCUGAAAGUCCACCUCGGACAGCUUCUGGAAACCCAGAAGAUUCAUUCAGAAGAAGCUCUGCAGAUCUCAUUCCCACUCAUUCCCAUGCCAUAUUCUACUCCAGCCAGCCAAACAAGGCAGAGAAUGAAAACAACUCCUCAAAAUGUAUCUAUGUAACUACUGAUUCUUACCAGAAAGUUCAAGAUUCUGAGAUCAGCUUCCCAGCGGGGAUAACAGUGGAAGUUCUAGAAAAGCAAACAAGUGGGUGGUGGUAUUUGAGAUACGGAGACACAGAAGGCUGGGCUCCUUCUCACUAUCUGGUACUGUCUGAUAACCAGCAACGGGAAACCACUUCGAAUGAGGCUAACAUCUCAGUGGCCAAGAACAGAAGGAAUGAAAACAAAUCCAACAGCUUGGAGAAGAUAGAGAAGAAGGUCCAAGCACUCAACACCAUCAACCAGAGCAAGAGAGCAACACCUCCCAUUCCCAGCAAACCACCUGGUGGCUUCUCUAAAACAUCUGGGUCUGUCAAAUUGCGGAAUGGGGUUAGGCAACUAGCAGUGAGGCCACAGUCGGUGUUUGUCUCCCCACCACCCAAGGAUAAUAACUUGCCUUGCUCUCUGCGUAGGAAUGAGUCUCUUACUGCCACAGACCACCUGAGGGCAGUACGCCGCAACUCUUCUUUCAACGCUGCCCAAUCUCAGACUAGUGAUUCUAAGAUAAAGCACACUGAUCGGCUGGGUUCUGAGGGGUCUGAGACAAGUUCCUACGUACCUUCUGAGCGCAAUGGAAUCCCAGUGUCCACAGUCAGACCCAAGCCCAUUGAAAAAUCCCAGUUCAUUCACAAUAACCUUAAGGAUAUCUACAUCUCCAUUGCAGAUUAUGAUGGGGACGAAGAAACUGCUGGAUUUCAGGAAGGUGUCUGCAUGGAGGUCCUGGAAAGGAACCCAAAUGGUUGGUGGUACUGUCAGAUCAUGGAUGGAGGGAAACCUUUUAAAGGCUGGGUGCCCUCGAAUUAUUUGGAGAAAAAGAAUUAGUCUUUAAAUUCCAUUAUUUAUACUUUUAUAAUGUGUACAUACGGAAGGAAGGGGAAAAUUCAAUGAUUUUAUUCCCUUUUUAUUCUAUCUAAUAUACAAGGGACUGUUGAUCUGACCUUUGCUAUGACCAGCAAGUCUGCCGUCUUUGAGGGUGUUUGAAGGAAUUGGCUUGUUCAGCAAAUAUCAAGGAAAAAGGCAGCUGGAACUAAUGGCAUUCUCUUUCUGUUUUGGUGAAGACUUUCAUAAUUUUGAGUGCAACACGGUUCAUUAUUCCACCAUCCUGGUUGUCAUAAAAGGAAACCAAAUGUGUGCCUUUCACAGUAUAGUUUGGACCUGUGCAUCUACUUGCGAAUGGUGGGGAGUUUGGUGCCAACCUGGACAUGUUAAAAAAAUCAGCUUGUUCAUUUCUUCCACAUGGAGUGUGCGAAAGUGUUUCCAAGCUGUGGAUGAAUCUCCACCACCAGCAAGAUAUCUGUAAGUCAGCAGAGCAAGUGGGGAAACUCAAGAAAUCCAGUGCUGGCCCUUGGCUAUCACAUUCUUGUCUCCAGAUUGAAGACUUGGAGCUUUUUCACUGUGCAUUGCUCGUACCUGAUAUUAAGUGCAUAUUGUCAAUUUCCCCCAAUGGCAUCCAUCGGUCAUGCUUCUGUCCUGUGGUGAUCUCUGUGUCAACUGUUUGGGGAAGGGGUCAAGGUUUUUUUUUACUAUUAUUAUUGGAAUUAGAUGUGUAGUCAAACUUUAAUGUGGUUCCUAGGUGUUUGUAUGCACACUAAAAAUUAUGUGUUUGCAACACA